UUGCCGCCAUCGCCGGAUACAGAACAAGCCGUGAAGAGGGAAGGAGGAGGAGCAAACACGUCCACCACGCACACGCAACACAAGCACACCGCCAACCAAGAGCCACACCCCACCAACGAAGCGCGUGUGUUGGCUUGGGUUAUUUUUUUUUGGUUGCCUCUCUUUGCCGGCGCCCGCCCUCCGUGUUUCGUGGCUUGCCUCCCUUGCUCUCGUUGUUUGUAGGCUGGCUUGUGGUUGGCUUUGUGUGGUUGUGCUGUAACCCACCAUUCCACACAGCAACCACCCCGGCGUACCUUCGCGUGGCUGUGCCAUCACAACACAAACACGACGUCUUCCACACACACACAGACGAACACACCCAUCAGCAUCAGAAGAGCAACGACAGCUUCCUUUGUGCGCUCUGCUCUGCAUGAGCCCACAAUAGUCGAACCCCCUGUGCCGCUGUUUAUUUUGCUUGCAAGCACCAUCUGCCACGACAGCGUUUCGUUGGUUGGCGUUGACUCUGUUCCCGACACCUUGUGAUCCUCUGCUGCACAUGUCCGGCAGUCCUGCCACACUCGCAUCUCUGCCCAUUCCUGUCCACCAAGCACCCGUAGCCAUCUCAGACCAAACACCAGCCCUGCCGCCCCACCAGCAACCCCACAAGCAGCAGCAGCCGCCACAGCAGAAGCAGCAACAGCCUCUUCUGUCGCAGCCGCUGCAACCGCAACCAGCCAUGACCCGCGGUACAAGCGUGGGCGGGGCGCACGACUAUCCCCAGGACCACAGCCUGCCGUUUGCGGCGGACACCGCCUCCGCACCAACAACAGGCGCAACCACGCCGCCCACGGGCUCAGAUGCAUCCAUGCCCAUGCUCUAUCAACAGCCGCAUCACCAGCAGCUGCACGUUUCAGCACCCCCUUACACGUCCAACCAACAACCGCCACCCAUGCCGCCGCAACAACCCAUGCAUCACCAGCACCAUCAACAGAUGCACCAACACCAACAGCCGCAACAACAGCAGCACAUUCCCCCCAUCUCCCACAAUCCACACCAUCUCCACCACCAGCAGCAGCAGCCGCAGUACCGGCCGCACCACAACAGCCAUCAACACCCGCACCAUCAAGGCCACCGCCCACACCACGCCCACCCGCACCAUGGCCACCAUCAUCCCCACAAGUCCAAUCGUGGCAGCGGUGCACCGCCCAAUGGCCAGGUCGUCGGCCCCACGGAGAACAACCCCUUUAUCAAGAAGGGCAACACCCGCUACAAGACAGAGCUCUGCAGGGCUUGGCUCGAUGGCAAGGUCUGCAAGUACGGCGAAAAGUGUCAGUUUGCGCACGGUGAGGAAGAGCUGCGCCCCAUCCAGCGCCAUCCAAAGUACAAGACGGAGCUGUGCCGAACCUUCCACACCACCGGCGUCUGCCCAUACGGCCCGCGCUGCCACUUUAUUCACGAGAUUGAGAAGGACGCUGCGCUGAGACGCAUGUCAAACAUUGCCCAGCAGCAACAACAGCCGUCGUCACAGCGGUCAGGUGGCCACAAGCAGCGCCACCCACAACAUCGCCACUCCCACGACGGCCAGCCCGCCUUUGACAAGCGACACCCAUCGCAGCAGCAGCAGCAGCAACCAAGCCACACGCAGCCACGUCAACGGCAGCACACGCACCAACGGCAGCACUCGCAUCCGCUCCAGCAGCCCUACGACCUGCAGGGCAUGGUGGACGACCAGCAGAUGCACAUCCCGCCGUACCAGGGCGGCCCAUCUCUCUACGGCAGCGCCAGCCCAUACGCGUCAUCGUCGCCCUCGGGGCCCUUGGACUCCACCGAGCUGCACUCGGCGCUCUCGCAGCUGCGUCUCGACCACUCGCAGUCGUACAACAGCAGCUACAACCCAAGCGCCCGUGACUCGCCAACCGUCGACCCAGCCACCGCAUCGUACUAUCCAGACAUGACGGCGACGGAUGCGACGAGCGUGCCAUCAUACAUGCCGGCGUCCCACCAGUCCCUGCCCACCACCCCACUGUGGACGCGCAACUACUGGUCCAACAGCGAGACGUCCAUCUCCUCGGAGCCCAUCCCCUCACGCUCGCGCCGCCUGUCCCCCGUGUCCGUGAACAGCGGCUCUGGCAGCAACACCAACAUCGCCGCGCACGCCACCACCGUGCCUGCCCGCGCCCCGCAUCACCUCUCCCAGGAGCAGCCGCACCCAGCUGCACACCAGCAACGCCAGCAGCAACACCAGCAGCAGGCGUUCGCCCACCCGUUCUCCAAGCAGGCUGAGACAAUGCAUCCAUAUGCACCUGUGGCGGCCACGACGACAACGACGUCAGCGAGCACCAACCCCACCCCAUCCUCCACCUCCACGGCCACAAGCGCCAUGGCGUUCCACCCGUCCAUCCGCCGCGUGGAGCAGCACCUCUCCAUGGACCACCACCACCACCGCUCCCACUCGGCCAGGGGCAGCCUGCCGCUGCACUUCCUCAGCAGCCACCCGUCCUCCGGGCACGGCUCCACGCAGUCGUUGCCGCUCGAGGCCACGGCCCACCGCACACCGCCAGGCAGCCACCGCGCGAGCGCCAUGCUCAGUAUGGAUGCACCGGGUAUGGAGCGCGGGCGACAACGUCACGACCCGUUUGACGCAACCACGGACAGCGAGAUGUACGCCACAGCGAGCAGCGUGGCCUUCAGCGCCAUUGAUGACGACGAUGAUGAUGAUGCCGGCUCGUCCACAGGCAAGGCCCCAACCACCACCACCACCGCCGCUGCCACGUCCUCCGCCCCGGCGGUGGCGUCAAGUGUGCCUGCUGCCCUCAAGAUGCCAUGGGCGCGUGUGGUGGCGAGCGAACAGGCGUCUGCCCGCUCCUCCGCGCGCUCGUCGGAUUCGUGGGCCGUGCCGCCGCUGGGCUUUGGCGCACACGAGUACUCCUCCUCGCACGCGUCGCCAUACUCGCCGCCGUCCAACGCCGCGCCAACGGGCUCGGCCAACUCACCGUCGAGCGACCACCACAGCCACGCCAGCAAGGACUACUCGAGCGACAUGUCGAGCGCCUACGACCACCACCUCGACCAGCACCAGCAGCAAGCAGGCCAGGGCCAGCGGGGCAGCGUCAACAUUGCCACCAGCAGUGGCGCCACCAGCCCGCGCAAGGCGUCGGAGACGUCGGGCGCAUCUGCCCCCCACUUCUCCCUCAUGGACCCCAUGCAUCUGCUGCACCAGUGAAGCGCGUGCUUCUGCGGCAUGUGCGUAUUGUACUCGUCAUGCCUGCAUGCAUGCAAUUUUCGUUUUUCUUGUUUUGGGAGGGAGGCCAAUGAACUUAUUCCAUGCCGCUGCUCCUUUAUUUCUUCCUUGAGCUCCUGAAGACACGCUCUUCUUCUCCUUGUCGCGAGGGAAGGAGAAGGUGUUGUUUUCACCAUUCUGUUUUGUCCCCUCGAUUGUUGUGCGCGGUCGGCUGCUUCUAAUUUCUGAAGAAGGUGUACAUGAUGUUUGCUGACCUCUGAGCCAUCUGCGCAAUACCACGCCGUUCCCACACGUGGUCCUCUUCCCAUUCGUUGCUCCCCUCCACACCUCCCAUCCCAUCUCAUGUGUCUAGCUGAAGCGUUGUUGUUCGUUCCCUCUUUUUCCGCCCACAACCUCAAAACAAACACCGUGCCUUCUUCUUAUUUGUUGCGUGAUGAUGAUGAUGAUAUGAUGUGUGGAUGCUUUCUUGGCUGGUUGAUUGACUUAUUGGUUUGGUUCUAUCAUCAUGGCACACAAUUCGUUCCCAUCUUCUUAUUUGUGGCCUUGUAGUAUUUGUUGUACUCGCAUAUUUGUGCUUGUGGGUGGGCCUUGUGUUCGACGCACGCCCAGUGGUCUGUUCUGUUGCAUGCAUGCAUGGCCAGUCACCCGUGCGCGCGCGCGUGUGUGCGUGUGUUGGUUGCACUAUUUGUUUUGCCAUCUGUGGCAGCAGAAGCAGCACGGCCAUUUCAGCCUGCACAGAGGUGUCGGCUGUCAGUGCUUUGCUGUUUCGCUGUCGUUAAUGAUGCAUGCAUGCACUGUGUCGUGCCUCGUUUCGAGCGGCUAUUUUUCCUCAAGCCCACACAAGCAUCUCUAUGUACUUUUGGGUGUGCUGUCUCCCUUGUUUGCUCUUUUUACUACGCUUAUUGUUCCCUCUUUGAGCAGCACCAUUCUUAUUCUCCCCUUUCCCCGCUCCGUAGCUGUGUACAUGUACGAAUGUAAGCUUAUGUUUUGUCCCUGCAAGUUUCCAUUUUAGUCACAAGCAGCUUUCUUCCUCCCUUCGUGUUGUUUUGCUCUGUUCUUCGAGUCGCCUUACGCCAUGCCACCCGUGUGUUUUGUUGUUUGUCAUUGUUGACAUUGUUGUUGUUGGAUUGCCGUCUCCAACGCCUCAAAAUCAAAGAGCCAUGCGUUCACGUGUUUCAUCGCGUCUUCAGGCCACACGUUCUUGUUUGUUUUCUUUUCCACCGUUUUCACUUUCCUGGAACCUUUGAACGUGAUGCGUGUGACAGUGUUUGUGAGCCGUGGCCAUGCUGGUGCUUACAGGAGCACACCCGUUUCGUUUGAUGGCAGUGUUGGUCUUUGUUUGGUGUCUGUUAUGUUAGUGGUGGCAAGGCUUUUUCUGUUUUGCACUGUGUUGUUGUUGUUGUUGUAGCUUGUUCGUUCCACAACGCUUUGUUGUGUCACGUGCCUGUCAUUUUGAAUUCAUCUUCCUAGCUUGCUUGCUUGCUUGAGUGCUGUUUUGUUGUGUCUCCUCAUUACACAAAUCGUACGUCAA